AUGAACCGAUCGCGAAGCCACCAAUCAAGUUCUGACGACUACCCGCAAUUCUCGGCGGCAGAACUGGCGGAAAUCGAGCACGAGAUCGCCAGGUCGACCGUUAAAGUCGUCGCCUGGUUUCGCCGAUCCGAGUGCGACGGUGCUGACGUGUACUUUCUCCCUCCCCCCGGCUCAGUCCCAUUCAACAGCGUCGGUGGUUUAGACCCUUCGUUAGUCAAGCCUGCCACGUCAGCAUUCCCAGGAUCCUGGAGCACAGGGAGCGGCGCAGCGACCAAGGGAUUGCCGCCACGUUGGGCGGAACACGCGGGUGAGAAGAGUUCAGGAUAUGGGAGAAACCCGAACUCCCACUCGCAGGAUUGGGGGAGCAGCAAACCCCCUCCUCCCCUAGACUCUAAAAAGGCCACCCCGGGUAAGAAAGCUAAGGAAAAGAGCCGGGGAGACAGCGGGGCUAGCGGGAAAGGCGGGAAGGCGGCGGGAGGGGGGCGAGGCGCGGACGAGACGACCCGCAAGGCGAAAGCGCUGCUAGAGACGUCUGUAGAACGGCGGCUGGUGCGGUCUAAGAGCGCCGUGGGGAAGCCGCAGCAGGCGGGGAAGGGAGGCGCGGGGGGAGGCGGGGUGGGGGGGCAGAGCCCCGGAGGUGGCGGAGCAGGGGGAGCGUCUGGGGAGGGGGGAGCAGGAGCGGGAGGGGGAGGGGGAGGGGGGAAGGGGAAGAAGCGCGAGGAGGAGAGUGAGGGGCUAGGGUUGCGGAGGUCUCACUCAGAGGACCGGAGGGGGUUGCAUGUGGGGGAGGGUGUAUAUGCUAAGGCGUUGAGAUUUCUUCCUAAAGGGCUGGGCUUUGGGCGAGAUAGCACUGUAACGAGUAGCGGGGAUGGGGCUAAGACGCCAGGGAAAAAGAAGCAGCAGGAGAAACAGCAGGCGCAGCAGCAGCAGCAGCAGCAGCAGCAGCAGCAGGUGCAGCAACGGAACGAGGAGUGGAGACGAGGUAGCAGGGAUGAAGUGGGUGAAGAGGAGAGGGGAGGGGGAGGAGACGAGGGGGAGAGGGGAAGAGAAGACGAGGGGAGUGAGGAUGGGGGUUGGCGGAAUGAAGAGGGGGAACGGGGCCAGGAGAGGGGGAGAGCGCAGGCGCGCGGAGUGGAAGGAGAUGAGGGUGGGGAAGGGGACCGAGAGGUCUAUGGGGGGGAGUUGGAAGAUAGGAGAGGAGAGGAAGGAGAGGAGGAAGGAGAGGAGGAGGAUGAGGGCUACCAAAGAAGAGACGAGAUUAAGGGAAGGAAAGAGAGAGAUUACAGGGAGGAGGGAGGGGAGGUGGAGGAGGAGGACGACGAGGUGGGGGACGGAGAGGGGGGGAGUGAUGGAGAGAGGGACGACAGAGGGGAAGCAGCUUCGGCUUUUGCCAAGGGAAGCAGAGGAUUCGGUGGGGCCAGUCACGCGGCGACAGCUGGCAACGACGACCUUUAUGGUGAUUUUGAUGAUGACGAGGAUGAUUAUGACGCGGGAUCUCCUUUCAGGUCGCCUUGUAACGAGGAUUUUCGUAGCAGGAUGGCAGGGCGGGAUGGGAGCUCUGCGGAACGUGAUUCGCGAAAUCUGACUAAGGAAAAGCAGAUGCAGGGCCAACAAUCGCAGAAGCAGCAGGUGCGGCAAGGGCAGCAGCAACAUCAGGGGGAGGAGGAGGAGGAGGAGGAGGAGGAGGAGGAGGAGGAGGUGGAGGAGGAGGAGGUGGAGGAUGGGGAGAAGGAAAGAGAUUUGUGGGAAGAGGAAGACGAGAAGGAGGAUGAGGGAAGGGAUCCAUGGGAGGAGGAGGACAAGGGGGAUGAGGAAAGGGAUGGGUGGCAGGAGCAGCUAACGCACAAGCAGCAGAAGAGGCAAGGGCAGCAGCAGAAGGUAGGAUUGGAAGAGGAAGAGAAAGAAAGGAGAUUAUGGGAGGAGGAAGAGGAGAAGGAGGGUGAAGAACGGGAUUUGUGGGAGGAACAGCAGGAGAAGGAUAAAUGGGCUGUUGCUGCAGAUGCCAUACUCCCUGAUGUGAACGGGCAAGGGGUGAGGGGGAGGAACGCCUAUUCACACGCACAGGGGUUUAUGGAGCAAGGAGGGGAGGAGGCAGGUGAGAGGACGUGGGAAGAGGAGGAGGAGGAGGAGAGGCGAUCUUGGGUGGACGGGCAGGAGGAGGGAGGGACGGAUGGAGCAGGAGGAGGGGUGAGUGGUGCUUUCAGGGAGUUGGGUGGUGGGGUGGUGCAGGGUGGUGAGGAGGAGGUGAAGGGGAAGGGCAAGAAGGGGAAAGUAAAAGGUGAGAAGGUUAAGAAGGUGAAGAAGAAAGGAAAGGAAGAGAAGGAGAAGGAGGGGAAGGAAGGGAAGGAAGGGAAGGAGGGCAAGGGGAAGAAAGUAGUCAAGGUGAAAAAGCAGGGGAAGGAGAAGGAGGGGAAGGAGAAGGAAGGGAAAGAUAAGAACGUGAAGGAGAAGGAAGGGAAGGUAGAGAAGGUGAAGAAGACAAGAAAGAAGCUGGAACUGCAGCAGCCAUUGCAGCAGGAACAGGAUGAAGGGGAGGUUUUCGACCGUCAGAUGGAGCAGUACAAGCGAUCACAGUCGUUGGAUCACGGCAAGCAUGCCGCCCAGCUGGCAUCGGCUUCGGAGCAUACCCUGCCACACAAUCUGAGCUUCGUGUCACCGCCACAUCAUCACCAGAAUCAAAUCUCCACCCCGCACCGUGUCUCGCCGCCCAGUAACAUCUGCAUGCCCCCCCAUCAUGUCUCGCCGCCGGCCAAUCGCGUCUGCCCGCCGCCCAAUCACGUCUCCCCGCCCCAUUAUGCCCCUGUGCAACAGCAUGCAUCGCCGGCCAAUCACAUACCUCCAGCAUACUACACGGCACCAUCGCCACGUCAUCACAGCAUGGGGCAAGGCAUGGGACAAGGCAUGGGACAAGGCACAGGCUAUACGAUGGAUCAUGGGGUAGGCAUGGUGGCAACACCAGGGCAUCACGGCCGCAUGGGGAGUGACAUGAGCCAAGGCAUGGGGCAAGGCAUGGGACAAGGCAUGGGACAAGGCAUGGGACAAGGCAUGGGACAAGGCACAGGCUAUGGCAUGGAGCAUGGGGUGGGCAUGGUGGCAACAGCAGGGUAUCCGCAGCAUGGCAGGAUGGGAAGCGACUUGAGUCACAGCAUGGGGCACGAGCAGCAAGAAUGCCAACCUUCUUAUGAGCCACCACAGAAGGCUUUUGGGGCGCAACGACCUUCUUUUGAGGUUCCUCCGAAGCAGGGGUGGGAUUUGAGGCGUGGUGCAGGGGGGCAUGGGGAGCAGAGGCAGCAGAUGGGGGUUGGGAUGGGUGAGGAGGAGAGAAGUAGCGGUGGUGAUGGACGGGCGGCGGACAGGUGGCGGAACGUGAUUGGCCGGCCGUUGGAGCGGGUGGAGGAGAGAUACGAGAUGGUGGGGGAGGUGUUGGGGAGAGGGUACUUUGGGGAUGUGGUGGUGUGUCGGGAGAGGCGCACAGGAGAGUACAUGGCGUGUAAAGUGAUCAAGAAAGCAAACAUCAUGAGCGAGGACGAUGCGGAGGACGUGAUGAACGAGGUGGCAGCACUGGAUACUGUGCGAGGGCACCCCCAUAUUGUUCAGCUCGUGGAGACCAUAGAGGACGAGCAGGCCAUCUACCUCAUCCUCGACCUCUGUGAGGGCGGGACACUGCAACAGGCCGUGCGGAACGAGGGCCCCUUGAACGAGCGGCGGGCGGCGGCGGUUUGUCAGGGUGUGGCGGCGGCGCUGCAGUGGUGCCACGGGUGUGGGGUGAUGCACCGCGAUGUGAAGCCGGAUAACAUUCUGCUUGUGAGGAGAGAAGACAGCAGCUACGUCAAGCUGGCCGACUUUGGCAUCUCGCUCUUCUUCCAGCAAGGUGUCUCCUGCAGGGAAACAGUGGGUUCAGCCGCGUUUAUAGCUCCAGAAAUGCUGCAGCACUCCUACUCCCACACGGUCGACGUCUGGUCGCUAGGCUGCGUGCUCUUCUUCCUUCUCGCAGGGGUCGUGCCCUUCCGAGGCGCCUCCAAGGAGGAGACGUUCGAGCGAAUCAUGGAGUGCCACGUGGACAGGGCCAUGCGGUUACCACCGUGGCCGAGAGUGUCUCCCGGGGCUAAGGACCUGGUGCGGCGGCUGCUGACAAGGGACCCUCGGGAUAGGAUUACUCUUGAAGAAGUUCUAUGCCACCCAUGGAUCACCGGCAACUAG